AUGGAACAAUAUGAUGAAAUAUUUUUCGAAUGAAAAAUCGCUGGAUGCGAUAAAAAAUUCAGCACAAAGAAAGCCUUGAAUGAGCAUCGAAGGACUCAUAAGGGUAAUAGAUCUUUUGUAUGAGAGAUCUGUGACCAGAAAUUUACCCAGUUCAGCUCUCUACAGAAGCACCAGAGAGUCCAUGAUAAGAAAAAGCCAUUCAAAUGUGAUUACGAGGGUUGUACCUCUGCUUUCACCCAAGUGUCAAAUCUCAUUAGGCACAAGAGGAUUCACACUGGUGAGAAGCCAUAUAAAUGUGAUAAAUGCGGUAAAAGCUUUGCUUCAGGCUCUAACCUAAAACAACAUAAGAAUACUCAUAACUCCUUCAGGCGCCGGAAGGUUUAUAAAUGCAAAUUCUGCGGUGACGAUGAUUCUAAAAAUUACUUAUACCAGUCUUCCCUUAGAAAGCACAUGCAAGUUGCUCAUAAGGAGGAAUAUGAAAAACUUUGACAAGAAAAUGAGGUGGACAAGACUGCUGUAGUUAGGUCCAAGAAGGGACAGGUUUUCGUAGUUGAAACAAUGGAUAAGAAGGACUCUACAACUCCCUAUGAAGGUACUUUAGACAAGAACUCAGCCACUGCUCAAGAGGAAGUUAAGGAACAACCUCAAUCACAAACUGAGGUAAUUGAUGAUGAUGGCAAGAAAAGGAAAAUAAGAAGGCUUGAUAAUACAGAGCAACAAGGAAUCUCGAAAAGACAGACGAGGCUGAUGUCAAGAGAGAGUUCCUUUGUGAGGCAAUCAUCAAUGCUUAGUGAAAUAUCGCAAGCUGGGAAUAUUCACAAUCUUAAUGAUCUUCUAGAAAGAUUUGGUAGCAGCUUUAGUCAUAUGCCACUGCAUAUACAGAACGAGCCCUAUGGAAUGAUGAACAGGAACGGGGAUAAAUAUUUUGACGGAAUAGAUGAAGAUAUCCAUGAUAAUUCUAAGCUACAUCCAAAUGCGUUAAAACCCCUUGAUUUUGGAAUCAGAGAUUAUAAUCCUGCUUCAUCAUUCAGAAGUAUAGGAAAUAACAGCUUUAAGUUAGAAGACAGUUCAUUUUCUCUUUUCAAAAAGCCAAAUUUCCAACAAAAUGCUCCAGGCCAGCCUCCCCAUAAAGAUUAG